CGGGGCGGAGCCGCCCGGCUCUCCGCUCCACGGGGACGCGCCCGCGCUCUCCUCACGCACUCACCGCCGCGCGGCCAGGCCACCGGCCAGCCUCUCAGCCUCUCAGCCUCUCUCCCCUCUCUGCUUCUCCUUCUCCUCCGUUCGGGCCCGGUUCUCCUUGACUAGUCCCCCUCCCGGUCGGACCGGACCGGACCCGCGGACCCCGGCCGGACCCGCUGACGGAUCACCGACUUCCAGCCGCUUCUGUCCCGGGACCCGCCGUGAUUCGCCGCCCGGCCUGCCUGGCUCCAGGUCCGGGCCUAACUUUCCCUCAGCCCGGCCCUCCGGCUUCCGGUCCCUCUGACGGCCUCCAGAACCGGGCAGUGACGUCACCCGGGAAAAGUCGGCCCGGAUCCUCCGUUAGAUCCGGUCGGAGUGGGAAUAAAGUUUUAUUCUGAGCCGGACCCCCGCUGCACCGCCCGGCUGCCCCGGUACCGACAGGCCCGAACCCAAUCGGAACCAGAACCAGGAUUGUUUGUUUACUUGUUUUGCUGCUGGAGGACAUCAUGUGGACCGAGUGAACCGACCCACGGCACUGCGGGUUUCCUCCGGUACAGGAGGAGUGGGCGGAGCUAAACCAUGGCGGGCGCCUCGGUGAAGGUGGCGGUGCGAGUCCGGCCGUUCAACUCCCGAGAGCUGGGACGCAACGCCAGGAGUGUGAUCCAGAUGCAGGGGAACAGCACCUGCAUCUCUAACCCCAAACAGCCCAAAGAUGGAGCCAAGACCUUCACAUUCGACUACUCCUACUGGUCACACACUACGCCUGAAGAUGAAAACUUUGCGUCUCAGAAGCAGGUUUACAAGGACAUUGGUGAGGAGAUGCUGCUGCACGCCUUCGAAGGAUACAAUGUGUGCAUAUUUGCUUACGGUCAGACUGGAGCAGGAAAAAGCUACACCAUGAUGGGACGGCAGGAGCCGGGGCAGGAGGGGAUCAUCCCCCAGCUGUGUGAGGACCUGUUCCAGCGGACGGGUCAGAACACGGACCCAGACCUGACCUACUCAGCGGAGGUGUCCUACAUGGAGAUCUACUGUGAGCGGGUCCGGGAUCUGCUCAACCCGACAUCACAGGGAUCCCUUCGAGUCCGGGAGCAUCCCAUCCUGGGCCCGUACGUGGAGGACCUGUCCAAACUGGCCGUGACCGGAUUCACCGACAUCCGGGAGCUGAUGGACGAAGGCAACAAAGCCCGGACGGUUGCUGCCACCAACAUGAACGAGACGUCGUCCAGGUCGCACGCCGUCUUCACCAUCGUCUUCACCCAGAGGCGCAGAGACCAGAUGACCAGCCUGGACACGGAGAAGGUGAGCAAGAUCAGCCUGGUGGACCUGGCUGGCAGCGAGCGCGCAGACUCCUCAGGGGCAAAGGGCACCCGGCUAAAGGAAGGAGCAAACAUCAACAAAUCUCUGACCACGUUGGGGAAAGUGAUAUCAGCUCUGGCAGAAAUGCAAAGCAACAAGAAGAGGAAAAGUGACUUUAUCCCCUACAGAGACUCUGUUCUCACCUGGCUGCUGAAGGAGAAUCUGGGAGGAAACUCCCGGACGGCCAUGAUCGCUGCUUUAAGUCCUGCUGACAUCAACUAUGAGGAAACGCUGAGCACCCUGAGGUACGCCGACCGGGCCAAGCAGAUCCGCUGCAACGCCAUCAUCAACGAGGAUCCCAACGCCAAGCUGAUCCGGGAGCUGAAAGCCGAAGUGGACCGGCUGAGGAACCUGCUGUUCUCCCAGGGCCUGCAGGAGCUGCUGCAGAACACCGUCAACAACAACAUCAGCCUGGCGGCGGCAGCACCUGCUGCCCCCGCCCCCCCGCCGCCGCUGACCCCGACAGCCAAUGGGAUCGCAGCUGCAGCAGACUCCGCCCCCGCAGAUUUUCCUUCGGCUGAAGCUGAAGCUCCACCUGCAGGAGACACACCUGCUGACUCCGCCCACCCCACCCAGAACGGGCAGGACGCAGAGGAGGCGGUCGCUACGGAAACCAUCAGCAAGGAGGAAGCGGCCGAGAGGCUGAUGGAAACGGAGAAAAUCAUCGCAGAGCUGAACGAGACGUGGGAGGAGAAGCUGAGGAAGACCGAGUCCAUCCGCCUGGAGAGGGAGUCGCUGCUGGCGGAGAUGGGCGUGUCCAUAAAGGAGGAUGGAGGAACUCUGGGAGUUUUCUCCCCUAAAGGAACGCCUCACCUGGUGAACCUGAACGAAGACCCGCUCAUGUCCGAGUGUCUGCUCUACUACAUCAAGGAAGGAUUCACCAGGGUUGGACAGCAGGACGUGGACAUCAAGCUGUCUGGACAGUUUAUUAAAGAAAUCCACUGUGUGUUUGUCAGUGAGACCAACGACCAGGGAGAAGUGGUGGUCACUCUGGAGCCGUUAGUGGGAGCUGAGACGUACGUGAACGGGAAGCAGAUCAGCGAGGCGGUCGUCCUGAAGCAAGGUAACCGCAUCGUGAUGGGGAAGAACCACGUGUUCAGGUUCAACCACCCGGAGCAGGCGAGGCUGGAGAGGGAGCGCAGCGUGACGGCCGAGCAGCAGGGGGAGCCGGAGGACUGGAACUACGCUCAGAAGGAGCUGCUGGAGAAGCAAGGCAUCGACAUCAAGCUGGAGAUGGAGAAGAGGCUGCAGGACGUGGAGACCCAGUACCGGAAGGAGAAGGAGGAGGCCGACCUGCUGCUGGAGCAGCACAGACUGUACGCAGACAGCGACAGCGGAGACGACUCCGACAAACGGUCCUGUGAGGAGAGCUGGAGGCUGAUCUCCUCCCUGAGGGAGAAACUUCCUGCCAACAAGGUGCAGACCAUCGUGAAGCGCUGUGGCCUGCCCAGCAGCGGGAAGCGGCGCGAGCCCCUCCGGGUCUACCAGAUCCCCCAGAGGAGGCGGAUCAGCAAAGACCCCAAGCGGGUCACCAUGGAGGACCUGAGGAUGCAGGCCGUCAAGGAGAUCUGCUACGAGGUGGCUCUGGGAGACUUCCGCCACUCGCGUCAGGAGAUCGAGGCGCUGUCCAUCGUCAAGAUGAAGGAGCUCUGCCGCAUGUACGCCAAGAAGGACUCCAACGAGAAGGAGAGCUGGAAGGCCGUGGCCCAGGACGUCUGCGACACGGUGGGCAUCGGAGAGGAGCGGAGCCCCCCCACCGAGGAGGGCGGCGGCGGAGAGACCAGCGAGGGAGGGCAGAAGGGAAAGGUGUACGACCUGAAGGCUCACAUCGACAAGCUGACGGACAUCCUGGAGGAGGUGAAGCUGCAGAACAACAUGAAGGACGAGGAGAUCAAAGCCCUGAGAGACAGGAUGAUCAAGAUGGAGAGCGUCAUACCUGUCCAGGACGACGACAUGAACGGAGAAGGAGAGGAGUCCGCGCAGAGGGAGGGAGGAGGAGGCUUCGACGACCCCAACGACCCACCGGAGGUCAGAGUUCAACGCCUCAUGGACGAGGACCCUGCGUUCAGGAGAGGGCGCCUCCGCUGGCUGAAGCAGGAACAGCAGCGCAUCCAGAACCUGCAGAAGCAGAACAUCACCAAGAAACUGAGAGGACAGAACCAGAACCCAGGUCAGCUGACCCCCACCGUCCCCGUCCAUCUUCCCGGUACCGGCCGCUUCAUCCCCCCCCAGGAGUGCAAACUGAAGUUCCCCUUUAAGAGCAACCCGGCCCACCGGUUGUCAUGGGGACCGGCCAGCGAGGCGCUGCAGGCUCUGGGUCUGGGCGGCGAGGGCGGGGGGGCAGAGGAAGACGGUGGGGGGGGCCAGGAGAACGGCGGGGGUUCCCCCACGCCGCCCCCCCUCCUCCCCCUCCCCUUCCCUAUGCCCCCCCCACGCAUGCGCACGCCCAGCCCUCACCGCGCCUGGCAACAGCGUAACCAAGGCAACCAGGGCGGCUUCCACCACAACCAGCCGGGAAACAACCAGAACUACCAGCGGCGCCAACGCCGCGGCUCCCUGGACGGCUCCGCCCACGGCGACGAGCAGGGCGGGGGGCCCGGCGGUCACCAGGGGCGACCGCGGCAGCGCAGGGCGCCGUCGCCCGGCGGGGAGCGCGGGGGCCGGCCGGGGGCCCGGGGCGGCAGCGGGGACAGAGAGGGAGGCUUCUACUACAACCAGCGGCAGCACCAUCAGUUCCACCCACACCCCUACUACAACUCCCAGAAUGCACCAUUCCAGCCUCAGCCCAACUACCACAGCCUGCCGCGCUCCGGCCCCCUGCCCCUCCCCCCCGACAUGCUGCUGGGGGCGGGGCCUCCGCCCGCCGGGUGGGGCUUCAGCACGCCGCCCAGGAUGAGGCGGCAGUUCAGCGCCCCGAACCUGAAGAACAAGGAGAACGUCAUGUGACCCCGCGCAGGCCUCUGAUUGGCUGCGGAUCCUCAUGCUGUAGAGAACAGACCGAGCGCGUGCGUGUGUGUGUGUAUGAAUGGGUGUGUGUGUGUGUGUGUGUAUGAAUGGGUAUGUGUGUGUGUAUGAAUGGGUAUAUGUGUGUGUGUGUGUGUGUGUGUGUGUGUGUUUCAGCACCUUUAUGAAACAAAGCGUUGAGGUCACGUCUGUCCUGCUGUUUGGGUUUUAACCGUCGCACGUCGGGUUUUAUCUUAACCUCUGCUGUCGCCUAGGCAACAGGAUCCAUGUCUCUUAACCGCUGGUUUAGUCUGAUCAAGUUCUGGUUCUGGUCCGGUAGACGGUUCAGUAGUUAGAGCUGAGCUAACUGGAGCUUUUUCCCAUCAUGCAGUUCAAAAUGUUCAGUCCUCCUGACGGCGUUUCUGAUGCUACAUGAUGAGCUAGCAUCUCAUUUAUGGGGCAGUCUUUGAUUUUUCCCAUUUCACCUGAACGCUGCAUAGCCAACAGCUACAAACCAAAGAAAGCUGCUCUGUGGCGCCCCCUGCAGGACGUGAGCAGGAAGAGUUUGUUUUAGGAGAAGAGCACGUUGUGUUACUGAGCUGUGUGUAUAUCUGAAGUUUAUCUUUCUGUUUUUAUUUGUUUUUUAAUGGAGAUGAAUUUUAAAAGGAAUGAAAUACGCUGACGGUGCGUUCAAUGUCGCAGGCAAUCAUAGGAAAUGAGAGAAUAAAGUCUCAGGAUGGGAGGAAGGUCAUGUAGGGUUAGCAGGAGGGGAUUCUGGGAGAUGUAGUGAGAUACAGAAGGCAGUGCAGGUUUGAUGAAUGUGUGUUAGAUAGUGGAGGUUAAAUCCAGACGCAGCAAAGCAUUCUGGGAGAGGAGCACCUCUGAUUGGCUGUUUUAUUUCGUGUAGUUAUUUGCUUUUUUUUGCUGUGUAUUUUAGCCCCGCCCACAUAUUUGGUGAUGAUGUCAUAAUCUGUCAUGGUUAUGAAUAUUAUAAAGUGUCAUGACUAAUGUUUGGUUGUUGGGAUGCUGCUACAGGAGCUCCGCUGUGUAUCUUCUGCUCUGUGUGUGUGUGUGCGUGUGUGUGCGUGUGUGAGUGUGUGUGUGUGUGAUGGAGGUGUGUGAGUUUCCGGAUUAAUUUAGACUCAUCUUUUUAUUUGACGUUUAGUUUUUAUUUCCUUUUUCUCUGGGUUUGUUUUGACCCUGAUUCCAGAACAUUCACCGCCGGCCCCGCCCACCCAUUCCUCUGCACCAAUCACAGCCUCUGAAGCUGUGACAUCACAGAGGGGGGGCCAGAGCCGCUCGGUGUUUCCUGUCUGUCGGGUUUUGUUGUAUCAGGAACGAAUCUCAGGCUCGACCUGCAGACAUGAUGGCAAUAAACUGUCAGGAAUCAAAGCU